UAUUCCAUUAUGGAAAAAUUGAAGAUUAUCGUAAGAAAUUAAAGGCAUAUUUGGAGAAAUCUCAAGCGUAUCAAUGCCUUGGAAAAGUUGAUCCAUUGCCUGAUGUAAGUCAAAGAACCAAUAAAUAUUUUUUUUUAGAUUUAAGAUUACCUAAAUGUAUUACUCAAAAGCAAUAUGAAUUAUUGAGUAUUAAACCAGAUGAAGCUGAAUUGGCUCAUUUAUGUUAUUUAUCAAAAGCCCAUAAGCCUGGUACUCCUCUACGUCCAAUUAUAAGUGGUGUUAAACAUCCUACAAUUAAGAUUUCUAAAUUUCUUGAUGAUCUUUUAAGACCAUUAUUUGAUAAAAUGGCCCAAGAAACCAGUUACUUCUGGCUUUGA